ACUUCCAUUCCUCAAAAACCUAUUCAUGGUCACACAUCGCCGAACGCUAUUCGCUCGAAGGUGCUAACACACAUACACACACGCAUACGUUCAUCCAUAGGUGAACAGGUUUCCUUUGCGGAAUGAAGGGAGUAGAACGGAACACCUCCACUCAACUCGCAGCAGUAUCUCUUUAAACUGCAAACGAUUUUGUUGGAAUUCUUUCUCCUUUUCGAAUAAGAACAAUCUGAUUCGGAAUAAAAAUGAUGGCGCCAUCGGAAACGAGUGUGCAAACCACGAACACGAGAAAAACUGAUACAUCCCAUUCUGUUGGAGUAAAAGUGACCACCAAAGCGGAGUCUACUGGGAUAACGGAUAAUCUGGAGCUGAAUCCCUGGUAUUUCAGAACAGUUCCUGGAAUUCUGAAGCUUGUCCAACUGUUGUUCGCUAUUAUCUGCAUGGGAUGUGGAUCCCCAGUCGUCACCUCCUACACCAAUUUCUUCAUGUUCGUUGUUGCCAUAUACUUCAUCAUCACCCUCGUUUUCUGCAUCAUAUACUUCUUCACAAUCAAAAAACUGCUACCCAAGCUCCCUUGGCUUUUGAUCGAACUAGGUACCACAGCAGUAGGAACUGUUCUUUACUUCACCGUAGCUGUUGUUCAACUAGCUGCAACGAAUAGGAAAGAUUAUCAUUAUGCCUUGUAUCAUCACGGAUAUUAUUCCUCGUAUAUAGCUGCAGGGUGUUUCGGAUUGUUCAAUUUCAUUGCCUACGCUGCCGGAACAUUUUUCUUAUUCAUGGAAUGGAAGGAUUCGAAACCAGCAACUACUACUGUCACCAUUCCAGAUUCUACACCCAAUCCUACAAAUUCACACUGAAAAUUUCAAGAGACUUGUUAGAAUGAUAUUUCAGUGUUUAAACACUGGUGUGGUUCACCCAAAGCAUCAAGGGGAUGGCUAAUCUUUACGAAGUAUCAGAUUGAUCAAAAGAAAUUUUGGGCUGGUUUACUGACAGUGGUUUAACAUGUUGACUCUUGAAAUUCUGGAUUCUUGAUGUGGUUAUAAGUUGAACGAGUAGGGGGGAUCCAAGAAUACACUGUGUAUUAUAGUUGUAUUGCUUUGAUGUUCUAUUUUUUUGGUAAAUUAACUUCAUUAACAGUCAUAAGAAAGAUUAAGUAAAAAAGGAAACUUUGUUUUGUGUCUAUGAAUUUCAUCUUUAUAUAAAAGCCCACGGAAUGUGUUCAUUAUUUUCUUGGUGCUUUUUGCAUUUCCAUUGAAAAGGAUGUGAAGUAACAUAUUCAAAAGAUUUUUUUUUUGUUUUUGUUUAUGGAAAUUGUUACUGGAAAAAUGUUUUGUUUACGGUAAUAGUUUUUUUAAAAAUACACAGAAGUCUAUAUAAUAUUUUGGAAAUAUACAGUGAAAGACAAAAAAGAAUGUAGGGUUACCUCUAGUUCAUUAAGAAAAGUUGUAAUACUAAUACUUUGUUACUUUCAUGUUUAUAAAUUAUCGAUAUUUUUGUGUAACUGUGCUUUUUUUUCAGAAAAAUAUUCGAGCUUGAUUUAAUUCCAUAGAAUACUAGAAAUUCGGCAUUCAAAUUAUUAAGCUUCUUUAUUAUACUAAAAAUAAAGCUUUAUAUCUAUGCCAACGAAUAAAAUUCAUGUUCCUGGAAAUCAAUUUUGUUUUGCCAUAAAAGCGUAGUUUAAUAUUGCUAUACUUAGGAAUCUUCAUUAAUUGAUGACAGCAAAGAUUUUUAUGAAUCUGAAGUUAAUGAAAUGAUUAAAACUGUAAUAAGACGAACUCAAAUUAAAAUUUGUCAUGUUUGUUAUCAAUAAAGUUCUUGUCUAAUUUUAUUGCUAUAUGAUUAUAUAUUGAAAAGAUAGCUAAAAAAUUGUUAUUCUUCAAAAAUAUCACAAAAGCAUUCUAAAAUUUAUUACGGAUUCUAAAAGUUAUUACGAAUAAAUAAAAAUCUACAACUCGAAUUACGAACAUAAGUAGAAAAUGGCAAUUUUAAACUCCGAAUAAUAUUAUUAUGUUCCCAUAUAUCAAGAUAUUUCGUAUUUUAUAUAAAAGAUUCUUUAAAAGCCAUAUUUUAUUUAUUGAAACAAUAAAAUCAUGGUUGUGUUUUAUCAUUGUUAAUGCAAUUUUAUGGAAUAUUUUGUUAUAAGGAUAAAAUAUGUUGAUGUAUAUUUAAUGAAUUAUUGUCAUGUUUUUGAUAACAGUCUUUUGUGUAUAGAAGAAUCUAUAUUUUAUUACAAUGUCAUAGAUUAGAUAUUUUAUGGUGAUAAAGUUGUAUUGUUUCGUAAAUGCGAAUUUUGUGGAAUCAACUGUUUUAUGAAAAUAAUGGCAUACUAUUUUUUUGGAGACUGAAUAAAAGUCAUUAUUAUUUUCA